CGUAUCAUUAUUGCCAGUGUUGAGCACGAAUUGCCUGGUUUUCCCACGAAAUUCAGGCUGACGCACGACUCGCCCGUCGCUGUGUAUGGUUAGAACGUUCUGUGGUCCUCCCAUCGAGCUAAGCUGGAGCUUGAGAACCACAUCGGGCUUCAGACCCCUCAUCUUUUCUUGUGCGUGCAUCAUGAUGGCUACGUUGGUUGUUGUUUUUCUUGUGCUUUCGAUGGUUUAGUUAGAAAAGAAGAACGCUUCUGCUUGAGGAGAAGUGCUUUGUGGGAUCAGGCGCGAGAAGACAUCCACAACAAACAAUUCAACAAACAACUCAACAAACUUAUAAAACGUUGAGAUCUUCUCGGUGUCACGACUCGACUCGUCACUCACGACCUUCACCCACCAACCAAACACAACAACGUCAAGCCAUCAACUAACUCAACUCCUUCCAAGCUGCCACUGGCCCCGAUAUCUAUUGUUCCCAUGCUUCCCAGCCAACAAACGGCUCCACACCAAGAACAGUUGCAGGGCCUCCAACUUCCAGAAGCCGCACUAUGGUACUAAUGGGCACUGGAAGAGGUGUCCUGGUUCUCUUUUUCAUUUCCCUGGCUACCGUUGAUGCGUUUUCUUCAAUAGCGUCGUGUCAACCACGGAAUUGUGAGAAUCCAGGGACCAAGCCUUGUCAGCUGCUGCUCUCUAGGACCAAUAAUGAAGACGUUGCUCUCCCUACACGACAAGGCACUCCACUGGAAUUUCGUCUUGUCGCCAGAAUUCGAAAUUCAGUUUCUUUGGAAGAUCUCAUUCAGAAUCUAAAAGAGUCCACCACCCCGUCUGCGACGAAUCUUCAUGUUGAGAGAAGUGCAGAGCUUCCUGAACCAAUGACGCACAUUAUGGAAUCUGUAUCUCCUAAUAUUGCUGCAGUAUCAUUACGAAGGCUGAUAGGAUUCAAGUCAUCAUCAUCAAGCCAUGGAGAAUUGAACAGUUGGAAAUUGGCACUGAUAAAGCGUCUUGCAGAAUUGGCAGAAGGAGAGAUGUCCUCCUUUUCAAUCCACGCACUGGUAGACUCUUUCAAUUGCUUGGCAGUCCUCCAAAACAAAGUCGACAAUCCACUGGACCACACUCAAAUGCGGAAAUUGGCAAUCAAUCUAGUGACAGAAAUGGAUCAACGGAGAGCAGAAUUAAUCCGUGGGACCCAUCCAGCACGUCUCGUGAACAUUCUGCAGUCGCUGCAAGUCAUAUCAUUGGAAAAAUCAACCGAUAGCUCCAAAAAUGCCCCAGCCUGCAAUCUCUCAGUGGCUCUAAGAAGAAUCCGAGAAGCAAUCUAUCAAAAGUGCGUUCAAACGCAUAAUUUGCCACAAUUGUCUCCAGGGGACAUGUCCAUUGCAUUAAAAACUCUGGCAUUGCAACCUGAUAUGGAAUCCAAAUUUGCCAUUGCUCUCAUGAGACGGUUCCGCAAACAACCAGUGCGCCGAGCGGCGACAGUUCGGCAGUUAUUCCGGGCAUUGCGAGCUGCAGCAGCCAUUGGCAUACACGCCAAGGACAAUGCCGAAAAGCUUCACGCCGAAGCCAAGGUCAUGGUGUAUACAGUCUUUCGGGAGAUUCUCUCGAGGCAGCAGCAACCACCACAAUUCGCGACCUCUGACAAUCGUGGCUCGUCAUUGACGAUGGAUGAGGCGAUGAUAAUGAUUUCGACCGUGUCGAAUAUGGGAGUGCUGAACAAGAAGACACCCAACCAUAUCCAUUCCGAUGAAGAAGAGAAAAUUGACAUGGCUUUGCAGUUUGACUGGAGUGAUUACUUGGCUGCUCAGGGCGGCUCACUCUUGCAAGGUGCAGGCGUGAAAGAACUGUCACAAUUCCUGCGAGCCGUGGAAGCUACACAGUGCCCUGAUUUGAAACCAUCUUCCGAUUUUGUCCGUGAGUUGGGUCAACACGCAGUCACCAUCCUGGAGCAGAGGGGAUUGGAACCACAAGUAAAACCAAAAACUGCCAACGGCAUUUUACGGUGUGCCGCCAAUUGGUGGGGACGCAACAACACGGUGAUGGAACCAUUUGGAGAGUGCGCUCGGAUUCUGUUCACAGACGAAACGUUUCUGGAGCUUUGUCACGCCGAAGACUUGACAAACUUUCUGGUCUUUCUGGACAAGACAAAACAUUUAGGCAACAACUCUCCUGACGCGGGGGGUCAUACCCAAAGUGAAGUCGGCGACCCGUUAUUAGCGAUUGCUGCUAGGACCAUGGAUGACGACGUUGCCGACCAAAUCACGCCUUCUCAAGCCAGUCGUAUGCUGUUUGCGUUUACAUCGGUGAUUGUUGCUAGGGGGCGUCAACGCAAACUUAUCCGACGUCAAGCGGCAAGAACAACGAACACAGAAAGCCUGGUGCUGGGAGACCUCUUCCACUUCCUUGGAGGCCAUCUUCUCACGGAUGAUCUGUCCACAAGAGAUAUUUCAUCAGCCCUCUGCGCUUACGCCAAGGCCUCGUACAUUCAGGAUAUGGGCAUCUUUGACCACCUGGCGGGGCUCAUGGCCGCUCGUUUGGAUGAGUGCAGCACUCGUCAAAUGGCACAGAGUUUGUGGGCCUGCGGGAAGAUGACAGUGUGGGAACAGCAGCAGCAACAACAACGACAGCUGGAAGGUGCGGAACAGGGAGAUCCGGAAGACUCAUGUCUUGAUCACUCUCCACCUUAUCUACCCUCUGCGAACCAAAUUGCGACCUUCUUGACGGAGCACAACAAACAAAUGAAGAUGAAUGCCCAGGAUGUGGCUCAAUCAAUGUGGGCUAUGGGCCGAUUGCAAACUGUCCAAAAGGACAUCAGUGACGAAUACUCUGAGAUUAUGGAAAAGUUGGUAUCCAGGGCGACGAUAUUGGCACCUCGAUUGACCAUGCAGGAGACAUCGAAUGUUCUCUGGGGCAUGAGCAUGACAGGUUUCCGGUGCUGCGACCCGUUGGUCCAAUCCUUCACCGAUCGCAUCCUUCAUGUACACGAGUUUGCAUUGGAAAAGCCUAGUCCAAAAGAGGCCGCUAGUAUCAUGAUUGCAUUGGGGCGAAUGGACAUCCAAGACGAACAGGUUUUUGAAGCUUUGUCUAAUGAUAUGCUGGAUCAGAUUGAGUGCGCCAGUGCUCAAGCAAUAGCGAAUGCAUUGUGGGCGCACCGAGCAGUUCAUAUUCCGCCACCAGAGCAAUUGUUGGAUCGGUGGGCCAUUGAGAAACUUGGCCUUGUGGCUGUUCGACCUCGCCAACAAUCCUAAAGGAUGGUGUUCGCGAACAGAGUGAAUGAGCGAGGAACGGUUUGGACCAAAGAUUGCACUGCUCAGCGAGUAUUGUUGACAAAAGUUUCUUCGGCUCAGUUUAGUUUUGCAUCUGAAAGUAUUUCCAAAGCACGCUAAACACUGAUCCUUGAAUGGCAUUGGUGAGAAGACGGGUUUGAAGCCCUCUUCCCAGCAGCCCCACAACACCGUCCUUUUCAAGAAUGAUGGAUACAAUCUCGGGAUACGAAAGAUCCCUGGCGUUUCCUUCUUCGUCUUUCUCAGCCAACCCUGCAGUUUGUUUGGUAGUUUUGAUCACUCGCAGACUGUUGGAGCAAACAUCCGAAACACACGAGGAGCAAAGACCCAGGAAAGCCGCACGGCCCAAAGAUAGCAGCAAGUCAUCCGUCGAGCUAACCUGGGGAAGUUGUUCGUUGAGCCAGUUGUACGUGAGGAACCAUGGGAAGUGUCCUACAGCCGUUGCUGCGGCAGAAGCAAAGGCUCCUCGGUACAAGGGCCCUGGGUUCUUUCGCACCACGAGUACUUCGUUCCACAAAUCUUGGAGUCCUUGGGCGCCUUCGACUUGCAUGGCAGUCUUGGAAGUGUCCACGGGCAUGAGAACAAUUCGCCACGCCCCAGCAGCGAUACUACCACAGGCAGUUUUCAAUGGCAAAGGCAAGUCUUGAGUGCCCGGGUAGCUUUCCAACAAUGCUAGAACUCCCACGUUGGCAGCUGUGUCGCCAAAGCGUGUCAUUGGUCCCUGGACAAGAGCAAACGGCAGGCCUUGAUAAAGUCGGCCCACGCCACCUUCAUCCCACAGCGUCUUUAGACUGGAGCCAAGAUUUCCACCGUAGCGAUACUGCCAUGAAGAAUUAAAAUAGAGGGAGAGAGCGCGAGAACGUUCAGUAUGAAUCGCCAGAGAAUCUAGAUUCACGUCGUUCAAUUAGCAUUUCUUACCUGAUA